GGCGGGCUCGAGGGGGCGGUGGAGGACUGUCAGCGAUGAUUUGGAGAUAUGUAGUCACGCAUUAUUGAAGUUAAGUAAUGAUUCAUCACGCAGGUUUAAACUGUGCGUUAGAAAAACAAGCGUCAGUGUAACGGAGCAGCUCGAGCGGUGACCUUUGGCUGCCGACGCCGUGUGCUGCGCGAGAGAGCCCGGGGAGGAGCCGUUAGCUCGGUUAGCUUCGUAACGGUGGCCGUCAGGAAGAAGUGUCUCCACCACCGACAGGGGACAAGGAGUCUGUGGUCAUGGCUGCCCUCGGUAACUCCGGGGCCACCUCCAGUCCGAUGGUGGUCCUGGCCCCGAAGACCAAAACGAAAAAGAAACACUUUGUGCAGCAGAAGGUGAAAGUGUUUCGAGCCAGCGACCCCGUCCUGAGCGUCUUCAUGUGGGGCGUCAAUCACUCGAUCAACGAUCUCAACCAGGUGCCUGUCCCUGUGAUGCUGCUGCCGGAUGAUUUUAAAGCCAACACGAAGAUCAAAGUCAACAACCACCUUUUCAACAAAGAAAAUCUUCCAGGACAUUUCAAGUUCAAAGAAUAUUGUCCUCAGGUCUUCCGAAAUCUAAGGGAACGAUUUGGUAUUGAGGAUCUUGACUAUCAGGUCUCGUUGACCCGCAGCCCCCCGAUGAGGAGUGUCGAUGACCAGGGAGAUUGUCUGCUCCUCAACUCCUAUGACCGAACGCUGGUCAUCAAGCAAAUCUCCAGCGAGGACGUCGCAGACAUGCACAGCAUCCUGUCUGAGUACCACCAGCACAUAGUGAAGUGUCACGGCAGCACGCUGCUGCCACAGUUCCUGGGCAUGUACCGGGUGAGCGUGGACAGCGAGGAGACCUACCUGAUCGUCAUGAGGAACAUGUUCAGCCACAGACUGGUGGUACACAGGAAGUACGACCUGAAGGGCUCUCUGGUGGCUCGUGAAGCAAGUGACAAAGAAAGGGGAAAAGAGCUUCCUACCUUCAAAGACAUGGACUUCAGGAACAACAUGCAGAAGGUUUAUGUGACCGAUGAGCAGAAGGAGAAGUUCAUGGAGAAACUCAACAGAGAUGUGGAGUUUCUGGUGAGACUGAAGAUCAUGGACUACAGCCUGCUGCUCGGCAUCCACGACGUCGGUCGAGCUGAACGGGAAGAGGAGGAGGGCGAGGAGGUUUCCAACGAGGAAGAACCGGAGGCGGAGAACGGCCUGGCACCGGGCGCGACUGUUGGCUCCUACGGCAACUCUCCAGAGGGGAUCGCUGGUUACAUGGCCUCCUGCAAACCUCUGGGGCCCGGAGAGUUCGACCCCUACGUGGAUGUGUACGCGGUCGGGAGCUGCCCAGGAGCUCCUCAGAGGGAGGUCUACUUCAUGGGCCUGAUCGACGUUCUUACUCAAUACGACACCAAGAAGAAAGCCGCUCACGCAGCAAAAACUGUCAAACACGGGGCCGGUGCUGAAAUCUCCACGGUCCACCCCGAGCAGUACGCCAAACGAUUCCGCGACUUCAUCUUUAACAUCUUUGCGUAACGCACUGCGAUGAGCGCCGCCACGAGUCGAUCCAACUGAGAGCUAAGCGUCUAUUUUACCACUGACCAAAAAUAGUAUGCACACGCAGGUCAUCAUUUAAACCAGGUGAUCUGAGGCGAGACUACUUACUUUGUAGCAACAUGAUGUACUACUUCAUAGUAUAUAUGCAUAUAUUUAUUUUUAGAUUUAAGAUGCAUUUCUUCUAGAUAUUAAGCAGUCUUUAACCGAAUAACUCUGGAGCAUUAGGAUACAUGCAAACAAACUGCUGUUGAUCAGUGUUAGACCACAUCAGUGCGAGAUCAAAUAUCAUUUUUCCUAUUUGUUGUCAGUCGCUGGUUCCCCGGGCGUGAACUGAACUUAAAGAAGGAGUUUGACAUGUUUGUAAAGUGCGCUUAUUUGCUUUCUCGCCAAAAGUUAGAUGGGAUGAUGAUAUCUCCAUCAUGUUUGUCUCUUAAAUUUUCUGUGGAGUUUCUGACCUGCAGCAGCAUUUAGAGUUAUUUCUAUACGAGCGGGUCCCUAUUUGGUUUGCUUCAUGCAUGAGUAUGCAUGUGCACGAGUUACACAGUCGUUUUAAUGGUGAUCUGCAGGGGCCAGAAACAUGGUGAGAUGAAGCAACGUGGCAGGUAGUGAAGAUGAAGACGACGAGCAAGUGAGAACGGUUGUAAAUGAGUGGAGUGAAAAUAUUUAAAAAACUUAGAUUUGCAAAUGUUUGAAGAGGAGGAAAGGUUAGAAUUCAAAAGGAGGGUUUCCAUCAAAGAUUUGUGCAAAACCUAAACGAAAUUUUCUAAAUGUCGAUAGAACAUAAUUGCAGAUGACUGCAUUUCCACUGAGUGAUGUUCUGCCACUUCUCCUCUCACGAUAACAUACCAAGAAGCAUGGCGAUUCAUCUUCAAAACAUUAGCUGCUUUACUUCUUUUGCAGCCACCAAACUAGCCGUCUUUAUUUCCAAUCCAAGGCGGUAUAGGCGUGUUAUGAGAGCGAUAAUUAAAAGGCGAGCCCCUUAUAUAUGGGAGCGGCCACAUAUGAGGGAUUUCUGGGAGCUGCUAGUCCACGAUUUCACAGAGGAAUUGUGGAUUCAAAAUUUCCGGAUGAUCAACUUAACUUUUGAAGAGUUACGUGAUGCAACAACAGUUUAUGGAAGCAGAAAAACGUUUUUGAGAUUAUUGGGAGUUUUUUCAAAGCUGAUGUGUUUCCAUUAGACGGAUUUUAUGUUCGCGUUUUCAGUUAGCGCAGUUUGAGGGUUAAUGGAAACCCACCCAAAGAUACCGACUAUGGUCGGGUCCAAAAUUCCAGACUAGCCUGAUAUUUCAGGAUUUUCCACACUUUCAUUCAUAUGUGGCAAGCCACAACUAAACAUCUGCUGCCACAAGUACAUUUUUUGGAGCUGGGCUGUUUAUUUAAGAGAACUUUAGGAACAUAUAUACUGUUCAGUUAUUUAUAGCCUAUUUGAGGCAAACACAGUGCAGCAGAAUAUUUAAGCGUUCACUCUGCUGGGUCUGAAAGCGUCAAUUACCCAACCCGCGAAUCACAAACUGCUGCUGAGGAAAAAAUGAACUCACGGAGAGCUCCGCCUACUGCGCUGCGUUCGUGGACACAAAAGGUUACAAAGGGACUCACAGAAGCUGACGUCAGCUACUGUCACACUGUCUUUCUGUGGAAAAUGCUGCAUUUAGUACACUAAACAGUAUGUGAUGUUUUUCAGUAUGUUUGAAAUCGCAGUAACAAACCAAUACUAUUUGAAAUGCACACUGUUUUCAUCAAAAUAUUGCAGUAUGCAAACACUGAACACUACAAAUGUCAUAAAUAUCCCAUUAUGCAGUAUGCAGCAACUGUCAUAAGCAACUGAGGAAGCUCUAUAAUAUCCAGAAGUAAUAAGACUGAUUGCCUGCCGUUUGGGAAAAACAAAAACCUCAGAGCUAACAACUUAAAUGCAGAAAAUGGCACCUUUUCACAAAGAUUUGGAUUAUGUAAUAAUUCCUGCUUUGUUCUUUUAGUAAAUUGUUUUAAAAAUCUACAAAACGACUUGUGGAUGCAACUCAGACUCUGUAUUGCGGGACUCUCGUGCCUGAUGAUCAACUCGGACACGACCAGUCAGAGUUUUUUUAGCUCCUGCAGCAGCACGCACCAAUGACUUUAGACUUCACAAACCCACUGAUCUCUUUUACUUCACAAGAGCUUGGUUUUGUUUUUUACAGGUUGAAAAAAAAGCUUUAGAUCAACUUUUUGGCAAAUUUUGUUAUCUUUUUCGCAGAGCCGGGCUAGCUGCCCCCCGAUUGCGUUCUUUAUGCUAAGCUAAGCUAACCAGUGUCCUCUCAUCUGACUCUUAGAAAGAAAGCAAAUAGACGCAGUUACCAAAAUGUGAAAGUAUUCCUUAAAUUGUAGAAUAAACUUUCAUGAAGAUUCGUAUUUAAAACAAAAAAAAAAAAUAAUAGUGUAGACUCUUCAUAAUAUUAUUUAUCUUUGGAAGCAGGCCGUUUGAAUGUUUCGUGUGCCAAAUGUGUGGGAUCGAAGCUUUAUCCGAGCAGGAUUUGCACUUAACUGUCGUGACGGAGCAGUUAAAUGAAACACAGUUAAAAAAUGGAUCCAAUCUGAUUUUCCACCAAAGUCUUUGCUAAGUUUCGUAGUUAAUGAACAGAACAGCUUUGCAGACUGAGACAGUUGAUGCGUGGCGUUUUAGUGGCGAGCGUUUCAAAUAAUUUGGCCUGUAAACGUGUUUUGCAGCCGUGCAUCUCUGAGCUACGACAGCCUGUAAAGAGGACGUGUGGCGGCCGACCUCGGAGCAUUUCCUUUUUACCCACAGAACCAAACGAAGGAUCAGUCCCGCCUUUUUAAUGAAAUACGUGUGGACGUGUAAUUCGACAUCAGAACGCUUCCUAAAAACGAGCCCAUCCAUCUUUAUUCUGGACAGACUCCUUUUUUUGAACAUGGUGUCGUGUUUUGUGCAUUAAAAUGGCGAAAUAUGUGAAUCAUUGUGGUAGGAUAAGACUUAGACAGAUAUAACAUUAGAGCUAUCGUUAGUGUGUUGUAGCGACGUUUGAGAUUUAGUGAUAACCAGAGUUCUGUGUAAAACAUUGUCGACAGUAACACUACAUUUCAGUAGCUUCUGCAGUUCGCCUUAACUCAGCGAUGUGAUGCGUCAUUCCUGAACACUGACGGCAGCGUAGACACAGGUCGCUCUGUACGAUGCCUCAUCUACUCGAUGGUUGCACAUGUUGUAUUUUUGCAAAUCAGCUUUUGGACCAAAAUAUAUUUUACAAAGAA